UUAGUUGGUAAUUUUAUUUGCCAGUUUGUGCUAUAUUAUCGGUCUUCGUUUCGCUGGUGUCAAGGAGAUAUUGCAACAGACAGUCGUUAUUGACGAAGGGAUAUUCCGCCAUUUAUGGAAUGAUAAUUUUAACUCCCAAAACGCAAGUCCGUCAAUCACCCAGCCGCAAAACCGAGUCCUUCCCGACAACGAAUCUCUGCCCGAUGUCGGCUCGUCAAUUUCGAUAUUAGAUGGGUUACGUUUGCGACCUUUAUCUUCACGUUUAGUUUUCCUCAAAACGGUUUAUCUAACUUUGAGUGAAGCUGUGUUGGUUCACUUCAACAAAGUUUUCGGAUUGUCUCUAUUAUUCUACUUGAUUUCCAAAUUGAUUAGCGUUUCCAUCGGUUGCCAUAGCUUUAUUCAUCACAUCAUGAAAUAUUCAAAUAUCGCCUUAUUUUGGUAUUUUACCAACAUCCCGGAUAUAACGGCAAUGUUCAUCAUAUUCCAGUCUGCCGACUACGUUCGCAAUCAGGUGAAGAGUUUCUUCAGUUCAGUGGCCAGGAUUUCGACCCAAGAUGUCACGAAUGCAGAACGCAGUGAAAUACAGACUUUUAUUUUACAACUAAGAGGAGAGUCUAUUGAAUUAUCCGUUUGCGGACUUUUCAAACUGGGGAAGCAAUUACUGCCAGCGGUUGCCGGGACGAUAGCUACUUAUAUUUUGGUUCUGUUUCAGUUCAAUGCAUCCGAAGAUGUAAUCAAUGCUGACGUCAAAGGCUCGGUUAUUUGAAUAAAUAUUGGGUGGCUGAUGGCAAACUUUCUUUUUCUUUAAU